AUGAUGAACUUAUGGCCAGAGGAUAAUAUUGCAAAUAAUUGGCGUUCAUGGCCUUUUAUACGUUAUUAUAUAUUCAUGAUGUCAUUAUGGCUUAGUGGUUUACCAAUUACGUUUGACAUGAUCUAUCAAUUAACUGGCAAUAUGGAAGAAUUGAUUGGUAUAACGGAAAAUUUGGUUGCAUUAGCUGCUGCUGCUGGAAUGUAUUAUAUGUCUGGAUGUAAACGUGAUUUUGUAAACGAUACAGAAGAACGUGUCGUAUUAUAUGGUAAAAUAUUUUUAAUAUAUGGUAUUGUUGGUAAUUUAUGUUAUGCAAGUAUACCAUUAUACCAAAAAAACGAUUGUGAAUUUUUGAAAGCAAAAUUACAUUCAACAAAUAUGAUAUGUGGUUUAAUAACACGUACACGUUUACCAUUCGAUAUCGAACAAUAUCAUUUAACGAACGUAAUGUUUUGUUUACAAUUAUACACGUGUAUGGUUAUUACAAUGGUUGUACUAUCGAUAACAAUAUUCUUAUGUGCAAUAUUAAUACAUUUGGUAGCAGAGAUAACGAAUUUAAAAGAAAUGAUUUUAAAUGUAUGCGAAGAGAAUAUUAGUGAUAUGGAGAUGAGAAAACGUUUGAAUUUUUGUAUUGAUUAUCAUACUACAAUUAUUGAAUUUGCCUUUUUAAUGAGAGACGCAUUUAGUAGUAUGAUGUUAGUUCAUAUGACAUUAACAUCUUUUGCGUUGAGUGUACUGGGAUUUGAAAUAUUAAUGGUAAAAACUAUUGCCGAUUCUAUAAGAUUUGCAAUGCAUUUAGGUGGUUGGAUUUUUAUUAUUGCUAUGACAUGUUAUUUUGGACAAAAAUUACAUGAUGAGAGUAUUGAUGUUGCCGAUAAAAUGUAUUCAACUGCUUGGUAUUCAUGCAGUCCAAAAUUACGUAAAGAUAUACUUUUUUUAAUGAUGCGAGCACAACGACCUUUGACAUUGAAUGCAGCGUUCAUCGGUCAUAUGUCAUUAGAAGCAUUACUCGGUGUUCUAAGUUCAGCAUACUCAUAUUUUACACUUUUGCUUAAUAUGAAAUCAUAA